AUGGAAACCAGUAUUAAGAACUUAUCAGAACUUGAGAAAUUUGAUCUCUAUGAGGCUAUUCACUCAGUAUUUGAAAAAGGAUUAGAAACAAAAGAAGUGGUGUACUCUCCUGGAGCACAGGAGCCGCUCAUCGAAGAUCCGGUUUCUAAGAUGACAUUCCAAUUGAAAAUUGUGGAUGGAUUGGGUAAGCGUCCUUACAACAGACCAGUACAGCCUGGUGAGACUGCUCAGGUGACGGAAGAGAAAGUGAACGAGGUUAAGGAGAAGAGUCCAUUUAUGCAUCCCGAGCCGGAGCUUACAGUUAUUGGUGACCUUAUUGGUGACUACCGACUCCUUCUUAAUAAGUUCCCCAAUACGGAAGAUCAUUUUUUGCUCGUUACCAAAAAGUUCGUCAAGCAGGAUACUUUACUUGAGCCCAUAGAGUUGCAACUGAUGUAUGCCAUCUUGAAGAACCUAAACAAUACCGAGGAGUUGAAGAGGCAAGGUACCAAAUUCUUUGCCUUCUUCAACAGUGGACCAGAAAGUGGCUAUUCACAGUAUCACAAACACAUCCAGUUUAUGAAACUACCUGAACAUUUCCCAAUUUAUCAGUCGAGACUUACCAGUGAUACAAACUUCUUUCUACCGCGUGAAAACAACGUGAACAAGCAUCCUUUGGUGAACAAGAAUGCGUCAUUCAAGCAUGGAAUUUUGAAGCUUAAGGAGGAAUUUAAAGAUGCUGAAGAGCAGGAGACCAUUUUGGCCAUGCUCUACAUGUUUUUGGUUCGUAGAGUACUUAACGUGUUCAAAGAGAAUGGCUAUUCUCUUGAUAAGCUUAGCUACAACUUCCUGAUGAUGGACGAUUGGAUGAUGGUGGUUCCAAGAAGACAUGCACGUUACGAAGACGUCUGGCAAAACUCCUUGGGAUACAUGGGUCUGUUCAACGCUAAGAACGAACAAGUUAGGCAGAAAAUGCUUGAUUUGGGAUUCUCCAAGAUUCUCCAAGAAUGUGGUUUUCCAAUCGAGGAGCAGGAAGAGAAGAUUAGCUAUGACGAAUACAGUUAUUAA